AUGCCUUUUAAUGACCUACCCUUGAAGUGGCAUGCCAUCAUUUCUGCCAUCAACUCAUUAGAGGUUCCUAAGCCAUAUUCAAGGCGAAUUUUGCAGGGUGUGGUGGUGGCACCCCCUCGGAACCACAUGCUCCCCGACCUGAUGAAGGGUGGGCCCUUCCAGGCACAGCCGCUGGGCCCUGGGCUGCGGCCGCCUGAGGAGGCCAAGGGCCCUUUCGGCAGGUCCCUGAGCAGUGGCCGCCUCACCAACCUGCUCCUGAAGGCAGCCUUUACCACACAGGCCCCAGACUCAGGCAGCACCGACUGCUUGCAGGAGAAGCCCGUGGAGACAGCUCCCUCCCCUGGCUUUGGAGAAAAUCUACACCCCGGGGCCCGUGCUGGGGGCUCCAGCAGCCCUUCCCCUGUGGUGUUCCCCAUGCGCUCCCCCCCAAGUGGGACCACGCCACCUCAGGACCGUUGUACAUGCAUAUUCUCAGGACACUGCUGUAGCUUUGCUGACCCCAUUGCUGCAAACCUGGAAGGAGCUGUGACCUUUGAGGUCCCUGACCUGCCUGAGGAGACCCUUGUGGAGCAAGAGCACACAAAGGCGCUGCAUGGGCUACGCUUCACGCUGGCCUUCGUCCAGCAUGUGCUGGAGAUCGCUGCCCUGAAGGGCAGCGCUGGGGAAGUGGCCGUUGGCCCUGAGUACCAACUGCCGGCGAGCCUGGUAGCUGACCAGAUCAGCCAGCUGAGCCGUGAGUGGAGCUUUACAGAGCAGCUGGUGCUGUACCUCAAGGUGGCCAAGCUAUUGUCAGCAGGACUGCAGAUGGCCAUUGAGCAGAUCCGGGCAGGCAAGCUCUGCCUUUCGUCCACCGUGAAGCAGGUGGUCCACAAGCUCAACGAGCUGUACAAGUCGAGCGUGCUGUCCUGCCAGAGCCUGAGCCUGCGGCUGCAGAGGUUCUUCGUGGACAAGCGGUGGCUCAUGGACUGUGUUCCCAGCAUCAGGGCAGAGAAGCUCAUCUUCAGCUACGCUGUGCAGAUGGUGCAGUCAGCAGCGCUGGAUGAGAUAUUCCACCACCGGGAGGACUGUAUGCAGCGCUACCACAAGGCCCUGCUGCUCAUGGAGGGGCUGCAGCAGAUCCUCACAGACCAGACGGAUGUGGAAAACAUUGACAAGUGUAAGCUGUGCAUCGAGCGGAGACUCUUAGCCCUCCUGACUGGCUUCUCUGCGAGGUGCUGA